AUGGCGGGCGGCAACAACAAGGACGGAAAGAAGAAGAGGGUGCUCGUUGUCGGAGCUGGAGCCGCAGGAAUGUCGUGUGCCCAUCACCUGUCUGAGCACCCGGACAAAUUCGACGUGACCCUCAUCGACGCAGUUGAUUAUUGUGGAGGCCAGGCUUUCUCCAUUGAAAUCGACAAGCAGCGUCAUGGCGCCGAAUGGCUCAACCAAGGUGUGCAAGGUGGAAGUUAUAUUUUCCACCAUACCAUGACCAUGUUUGCGAGGCAGGGCCAUCACGCAGAUCCAGUCAAUCUCCAUGUAUCGUUCGGCAAGGACGACAACUUCUGGACCAAUGUCUUUCCCACGCAGCUCCUCGCAAAGCACCAGAAGGAAAUCCGGCGAUUCAACAGGAUGCUCAAGAUUGUGCGCUGGUUUGAGCUCUUCUUCGCCCUGAUUCCAAUCAAGAUUCUCUUCAAGAUGUUUUGGUUCUCUGAAGAGUUUACAAACACGGUUGCCAUGCCCAUGAUUGCGCUGUUUCUGGGUACGGGAAACGAGACGCCCAAUGUACCCAGCAUCAUUCUUGAGCGGCUGUGCACUAGCCCCACGUACGGAAUGUGGUACCCGCCCGACAAGCACAGUAUUGUUAGCAACUUGCCGCCAAUGGUCGUGUUUCCCAAGUUUAGCGAGUUUUAUGAACGCUGGAGACAGGACUUGCUCAAGAGGGGUGUCAAUGUUCGGUUGUCGACGGAAAUCACGCAAGUGGUCAAACGAGACAAGACGGGUGUCACUGUGAAGCUGAUCAAGCGCACGCCUAAGCCUGAUGCGCAUAACCCUAACAGUGUGCAUGUGCCAUACGAUGACGAGCACAACGCUGAUGCCGAUGCGGUGGAGAAAGAGGAGCAUUAUGAUGAGCUGAUUCUCUGCGUGCUCGCCGACACUGCAAAACGCAUCCUCGAACCAACCGCCUCCCUCCGCGAGAAGCGCGUGCUCGGCUCCGCAAAAUUCUCAAACGACAUCACCGUAACCCACUGGGACGCAGACUACAUGCGCAAGCACUACGAGAACUUCUACAGCCCAGAGCAAGCCGUCUCGCAGCUCAGCAACACAGACCAAUCAUCGCGCAACCAAUGGGCAGAAAAACGCUUCAAACCAAUGUACUACAUCAAAAUGUACCCGCAGGACCGCUCCAAGCUCGAAAUGUGCUUCGACUGCACAAACUACCAAUCGCAGUUCCCGCCAGACGUACCCUUUGACCAGCACGUGUUCCAAACCAUCUACCUCAACAAAGAGCGCGACGGCCACCUCUGGAGCAUCGACGAGAUCAACAAGGACAAGAUCAUCCGCCAGGACUGGUGGCACCAGCUCUGCCACUCAUGGACCCACUACCUGUUCGUGGUGCCGUGGAUGUGGGCGCUCCAGGGCCGACGCCACACGCGCUUCGCCGCCGCCUGGACCCUCAUCAACGCCCACGAAGUCGCCGUCAUGAGCGGCAUCGCCGCCGCCGUCGACCUCGGCGCCACGUACCCUGCCGAUCUCGAGCGCGACAAAUUCGCCCUCCUCAGCUUCAGACUCUACUACCUCCUUGCGUACGGCAAGUGGUAUCGCAGGAAAGCUACUGUGCAGAGUAGAGACGGCACUGGCAAAGACUGGGCCAGUGGCUUGUAUGGAAGUGUGUAUAGGGGUCCGGGUGUUAGCGAUGUCGAGCGCAGGCAGUGGAGAGAGGAUAAUGACAUUCAGAGUGAGCCUGUAAAGUACGCGUUUCCCGAGAAUGCGGGGAAUAGGUAG